UCCAAUUACCACACUUUUCCCCUUUCUUCUAGCUUGGGAACACAGCCAGAACUCGGCAGAAAUUCAACCAACAGGGCACAAAAAUCUCAAAAGUUCAUUUUCGAAUUCUUUUGCUUUCUGAAGUGAUUGGUGAAUCAGUUAUCUAUGCUCAUCUACAAAUAUUUUCUAGCUUCAGGUUGGUUUUAGGGUUUAAGCGAUAAUGGCGGUUGUUUCUGGUAAUCAAGACCAGCUUCACAAGGCCCAUCGAUCUCGUCAAGCAGGUCCAUCUGCAAAGAGAAAGAAGAAAUCUGAUAAGAAGAAGGGCGACGUUUUGGAAGAGAAGAAACACAAUCCCAAGGCAUUUGCUUUUAAUUCAACGGUGAAGGCCAAGCGUUUACAAGCACGAGCCACAGAGAAAGAGCAGCGCAAGCUUCAUAUUCCUAUAGUUGAUCGUUCAACUGGAGAACCAGCUCCAUUUGUUGUGGUGGUGCAUGGACCUCCUAAGGUUGGGAAGUCUCUUGUCAUAAAAUCCCUUGUUAAGCAUUACACUAAGCAGAACUUACCAGAGGUUCGAGGCCCAAUUACCAUUGUUUCAGGGAAGCAAAGACGGCUACAAUUUGUUGAGUGCCCAGAUGAUAUUAAUGGCAUGAUUGAUGCAGCAAAAAUCGCUGAUCUUGCUCUUCUACUGGUUGAUGGCAGUUAUGGGUUUGAAAUGGAAACUUUUGAGUUUCUAAAUAUUUUGCAAGUCCAUGGCUUCCCAAAGAUUAUGGGAGUUCUUACACAUCUUGAUAAGUUUAAGGAUGUAAAGAAACUGAAAAAGACUAAGCAACGUCUCAAGCAUCGGUUCUGGACUGAAAUAUACGAUGGUGCAAAGCUGUUUUAUCUAUCUGGCCUCAUACAUGGAAAAUACCCAAAACGUGAAAUUCACAAUCUUGCAAGAUUUAUAUCUGUUAUGAAAUUUCGCCCUUUGUCUUGGAGAACUUCACAUCCUUAUGUAUUGGUAGAUCGUUUUGAAGAUGUUACUCCUCCAGAAAAAUUGCAGAUGAACAGAAAAUGUGACAGAAAUGUGACAUUAUAUGGUUACUUGCGAGGUUGUAAUAUGAAGCAGGGCACAAAGGUGCAUAUUGCUGGCGUAGGAGAUUGCAAUUUAGCUGGUGUGACAGUCCUACCUGAUCCUUGCCCUUUGCCAUCUGCUGCCAAAAAGAAGGGACUACGUGAUAAGGAUAAACUUUUCUAUGCACCUAUGUCUGGUCUUGGGGAUCUUUUGUAUGACAAGGAUGCUGUCUACAUAAACAUAAAUGACCACCUUGUCCAGUUUUCUAAAGUAGAUGACGAGAUUGCAGGGACGUCACGAAAAGGAAAAGACCGUGAUGUAGGUGAAGUAUUGGUGAAGUCACUUCAGAACAUGAAAUAUUCAGUUGAUGAAAAAUUAGAGAAUAGCUUCAUUACACUCUUUGGUAGGAAACCUCCUGUUUCAGCAGAAGAUAAGGGUGAUGCAAAGGCAUCUUAUUCUGAAGAUUGUGUUGAGGAUAUGGUGCAUAUGGAUGGCCCAUUUGCUUCUGAGAAAGCUGAAUCAGGGGAAGAUGGAACUAUUGAUACUGACAGUAUCUCUGAAUCUUCAGAGCAAGAUAAAUCAGGGGAAAAACAUGUAGUUGCUGAAAAUGAGGAUAAUGAUUCUGAUGAAGAAGAUGACGAUGAGUGGGAAGGAGAUGGAGAUAAAGAGCAGCAACCUACACCAAAUUGUGAUUUUGAAGAAAAAAUUGAGUUUCACAAUGGAAGGCUGAGGAGAAAAGCUGUCUCAGCUCACGAUGUUCAUGAUGGCGAUCUGAAGGAUUCUGAUGAGGAUGAGGAAGAUGAUAUGGAUAGCAAGUCAUCUGCUAGUUCAGAUUUUGCUGUGGAAGAUGAGGAGGACCACCAAACUGAAGAAGAGGCAGGAAAUGCUUCAAAGUGGAGAGAAUCUUUGAAAGAAAGAACUGCCAUGAGACAGAGUACCAAUCUCAUGCAACUUGUUUAUGGAAAGUCUACAUUGGAGUCAGUAACAUCUAUUCAUGAAGAGCAGGCUAGUAGUGAGGAUGAAGAAAGCGAGGACGAUGACUUCUUCAGGCCAAAAGGAGAGGCUAACAAGAAAAGUGAAGAGUUGGACAGUUACGAUGCCAAUGGAGAGGACUGCUCCAAAUUCACAAAUCAUGGAAAACUCAAAAACUGGAAAAAUGAAGAAAUUAUUGAAAGUAUUCGUGAUCGUUUUGUUACUGGUGAUUGGUCAAAGGCUGCUCGAAGAGGUCAAGCCUCAGAUGAUGACAGUGAAGAUGAUGAUGAUGAUGUCUCUGGUGACUUUGAAGAUUUAGAAACAGGAGAGAAGAAUGAAAGCCAUCAGACAAACAAUGUAGGUUCUAGAAGCCAAAAUAAUGAUGAUCAAGCAAAUGAGGAGAGGAGGCUUAAAAAGCUUGCGCUUCGUGCAAAAUUUGAUGCUCAAUAUGAAGUAUCGGAGCCACCAGAUGAGGAAGCUGAUGAAAAGAGUGGUUCUAAGCUCCACGGAAGUGAAGCAAAUGAUGGUGGAUACUUUGACAAAUUGAAGGAAGAGGCUGAACUCCGGAAACAGAUCAAUAUAGCCGAACUCAAUGAUCUUGAUGAGGCCGCUCGAUUAGAGAUAGAGGGUUUCAGAACUGGAACUUACUUGAGGUUGGAGGUCCACAAUGUCCCUUUUGAGAUGGUUGAGCAUUUUGACCCCUGUCAUCCUAUUCUGGUUGGAGGCAUUGGUCUUGGGGAGGAAAAUGUCGGAUACAUGCAGGUUAGGCUAAAGCGGCAUAGAUGGCACAGGAAGGUAUUGAAGACUAGAGACCCAAUCAUUGUCUCAAUUGGUUGGAGGCGUUUCCAGACUGUACCAGUUUAUGCCAUUGAGGACCGGAAUGGACGACAUCGUAUGCUCAAGUAUACUCCCGAACACAUGCACUGCCUCGCAAUGUUUUGGGGCCCUCUUGCACCUCCCAACACUGGAGUGGUUGCUGUCCAGAAUGUGUCAAACAAUCAGGCAUCAUUUAGGAUUACAGCAACUGCAGUCGUUCUAGAGUUCAACCAUGCAACACGGAUAGCGAAGAAAAUUAAGCUUGUUGGCAACCCCUGCAAGAUCUUCAAAAAGACAGCACUUAUCAGGGACAUGUUCACAUCAGAUCUUGAAGUGGCAAGGUUUGAAGGUGCAGCUAUCAGAACUGUGAGUGGGAUACGAGGGCAGGUUAAGAAGGCUGCAAAAGAAGAGAUUGGCAACAAACCAAAAAAGAAGGGAGGGCAACCUAGAGAAGGGAUUGCAAGAUGCACAUUUGAAGACAGAAUUCUGAUGAGUGAUAUUGUUUUCUUGCGUGCAUGGACUCAAGUUGAGGUUCCCCGCUUCUUCAACCCAUUAACAAAUGCUCUGCAGUCUCGCGAUCAGGUCUGGAGUGGCAUGAAAACAGUUGCUGAGCUAAGGAAAGAACAAAAUCUUCCUGUUCCUGUCAACAAGGACUCAUUGUACAAGCCGAUUGAACGCAAGCAAAGGAAGUUCAAUCCAUUGGUGAUCCCAAAGUCUCUUCAAGCGGCUCUCCCAUUUGCUUCAAAGCCUAAGGACAGGUCUAGUAGGAAGCGGCCACUUCUUGAAAGCCGACGGGCUGUGGUUAUGGAACCACACGAGCGCAAAGUACAUGCUCUUGUCCAACACCUUCAGCUGAUAAGAAAUGAAAAGAUGAAAAAGCGAAAGCUGAAGGAAGACGAAAAGAGGAAAGCACAUGAAGCAGAGAAGGCGAAAAAUGAGGAGCUGUCUAGGAAGCGGCAAAGAGAAGAACGGCGAGGAAGGUAUCGGGAGGAAGAAAAACAGAAGAAGAGGAGAGCUGGGAGAAAUGCUGAAAUCUGAUGUGAUUCAAACCCCGGCAGUCAAUGAAACAUUUUGUGGCAGCAGAGAAUCCCUACAUUUGCCAGUUUUCCUUUCCAGGGGUAAAUCAAGGUUUCAUUUUCUCUCAGGUUACCUCACAUUCGGCCCGUGGAGGAGCAACAACACUCAAGUUCAUCGUCAGUAAUUAGUAAGUGUUGAGUUAGAUUAGUUGAUGUUGGUUGAUGCAGCAAAGCUGCCUAUAUGCCCUCAGGGUGAUUUUUUAUGUUGCCAGCCAAUGUUUGCCCUGAGACAUCAAUCAGGGCAUU